AUGUACCAUUUUGGAGAUCCUGAGUGGUAUGACAAGCACAUUGAGCCUGCAAAAACGACAUUCUGGCCUAAGGAAGAAGAUACAAAUAAACCUGCAAAGGAUCCAGAGAGCCUUAAGUCUCAGCUCCAACAACUCAAAUCAAAGCGCAAGACGUCAUCUGAUUCAGCACAGAUUGAGGAAUCGCAACCACAGCGACUAGUCUGA